AUGAACAUCUUUCUUACUGCCCUGCUGUGUGUUGCACUGAAACAUCUGGACCUCUGGAUCCCGGCAUUGGCAGUGGUCUUCUCUAAACCCACACUUAGAGUUAUUCCAAGAAAUGUGGUAACGACUGGAAACCAAGUGACAUUCUUCUGUCAAGGCCCCUUAGAGGCCAAGGAAUACCGUCUCUGCAAAGAAGGAAGUCCAGAUUGCUUGGUACCAACAACCCUAAUAGAAACCGGGAACUUGGCCAAAUUCUCUAUCUCAUCAUUUGCGUGGAACAAUGCAGGGCAAUACAGGUGUGAGUAUAAAAGCCCCAAAGGCAAAACAGAACACAGUGACUACCUGGAGCUGGUGGUGACAGGGGUUCACCAAAGCGUUGUGACCCUGUCAGCCCUUCACAGCCCAGUGGUGAUGGCAGGAGGGAAUGUGGCCCUUCAAUGUGUGUCACAUCAUCCAUAUAACAGGUUCAUUCUGAUGAAGGAAGAUGAGAAGUUCUCCCCGGCUUUGCCCUCACAGAAUAUAUCCUCAAAGCUAUUUGGAUCCGAGUUCACAGUUGGUCCUGUGACCCCCAACCAGAGGUGGAGGUUCACAUGCUAUGGGUAUCAAUUGAGCAGCUCCCAGCUGUGGUCAGUUCCCAGUAGCAGCUUAGAGCUCCUGAUCUCAGGGACCCUUCACAAACCCCGUAUAUGGGCUCAUCCUGGCUCUGUGAUCACCUCAAGGAGUCCUGUUACCAUCUGGUGUCAGGCGACUGGAGAAAGCCUAAUCUAUGUGAUAUAUAAAGAGGGAAGCCCAGGACCCUGGGAACAACAGGCCCCAAUAGCCCACACCAAUAAGGCCAAACUCACCCUUCCAUCUGUGACACAAGAGCAGGCAGGACGAUAUCACUGUUACACUUACACCUCUUCAGGAUGGUCAGAGCGCAGUGACGCCUUAGAGCUGGUGGUGACAGGAGUCUACAAGAAACCCACCCUGUCAACCAUGCAAAAUCCCAUUGUAAACUUAAGACAGUCUGUGACACUCUCGUGUACCUCAAGUCAGAGAUACGACUGGUUCAUUCUAACUAAGAAUGGUCAGAAGUUCUCCAUCCUUCAGAGCUCAAGAUCCACACACACUGGGAUGUUCCUGGCUGAGUUUCCAGUGGGUCCAGCGACCUCCAGCCUGAGGUGGAAGUUCACAUGCUAUGGCUAUUAUACAAAUAAUCCUCAGUUGUGGUCAGAAGGGAGUGAUGUCCUGGAACUGCUGGUCUCAGGAAACCUCAAGAAACCCACCCUCUGGGCUGAGCCAGGCUCUGUCAUCAGCACAGGGAAUCCUGUGACCAUCUGGUGUGAGGGGACCAAGGAAACCCACAUAUAUUUCCUGUACAAAGAAGGAAGUCCGGCACCCUGGUUCAGUCAAACUCUAAAAGAUCCUGGUAACAAGGUCAUGUUCUCCAUAGCAUCCAUAGAAAAGCAUCAUGCAGGGCAAUAUCGCUGUUACUCUUAUGAAUCUGCAGGGUGGACAGAGCGCAGUGAAGCCCUGGAGCUGGUGGUGACAGGUGUCCACCAUGGCAAACCUACUCUGUCAGCUGUGCCCAGCCCUGUGGUGACUUCAGGUGGGAAUGUGACCCUUCAGUGUGUCUCAUCAAAAGGAUACAACGGGUUCAUUUUGACUGGUGCUGAUCUGAAGUUCUCCAUGUCCCAAAAGGCACAUUUAUUACACACUGGACAGUCCCAAGCUCUGUUUCCUGUGAUCUCCAUGACAUCCAGCAAGAGUGGUCCCUUCAGAUGUUAUGGAUACUAUACAAAUACCUCCCUAGUGUGGUCAGAGCCCAGUGACCCUUUGGAGAUACAUGUCUCAGCCUCACAGCCCCAGAGUCACACAGUGGAGAACCUCAUCCGGAUGGGCAUGGCUGGCUUGAUCCUAACAGUUCUUGGGAUUUUGCUGUUAAAGGCUUGCCACAGCCAGAGAAGGAACCUUGAAUGCAUGCCUAGAAGUAAAGAAGAGAGGCAGCCAUAG